CCGCCGCUGCCGUUCGGGCGCGACCGCGAGCCGCCGGAGGAGGAAGCCGAGGCCACGGCCGCCCCCCCCCCCGCCCCCCGGCGGCCCCGCCCGGCCCCGCCCGGCCCCGCCCGCCGGUCACUUAGCUUUCGAUUCCCGAGCGGCGGGGGGCGACCCGGGCGCGGCGGGGGCGGGACCCGACGCGCCAUGGCCUCGGCCGCCGGCCCGCGCGCCCAGAGGCUGCUCGGGCGUCUCCCGGGGCCGCCGCGGUCGCCGCGCGGGGCCCGCGCUCUGGCCAUGGCGCCGCCGCGCCGCUUCGCGCUGGAGCUGCCCGGCUGCUCGCUGGCUCACCUGGCCGUGGGCGGCGACGGCCCGGGCGCGCGCCUCGACCCCCGCGCGGCCGCGCUGCUGGGCCCGCCCGGCCGCAGCUACUGGCUGUGCGUGCCCGAGGCCCCCGGCGGGGACUGCGCGGCCCGCGUGCGGGCGGCGCGGCUGCACCAGCGCCUGCUGCGGCAGCUGCGCCGCGAGCCCCUGCGGCGCUGCCGGCUGCGCCCGCUGCUGGGCUACGGCGGCGGCGGCGGCCUGCAGCGCGGCUUCCUGCUCCGCGACCCCGGCCGCAGCCCCGACACGCGGCGCGCGCUCUUCGCGCUGCUCGGCGAGGCCCCCGAGGGCGCGCGUCUGGGCGAGUUCGCGGGCGACGCGCGCGGGCAGCUGUGGCAGAGCGUGUGGGAGCGGCGGGACGGGGCCGAGUGGCGGCGCGCGGGCCCCCGCGAGCGCGUCCUGGCCGCCCCCGAGCCCGCCCUGCACCCGGUGGUGCCCGACCUGCCCCGCUCCGCGGUCUUCCCGCGCCGGGAGGCCGCCCGCGCCGUCCUGGAGGCGUGUGUACCCCUCAUUCCUGAAGCCCAGGCAGUGCUGGACCUGGUCGACCAGUUACCAGAACAGGUCCAGAAAGGGAAGUUCCCUGUCAUUGCCAUCGAAGGACUGGAUGCCACAGGUAAAACCACGGUGACCCAGUCAGUUUCAGACACACUCGGGGCUGUCCUCUCAAAGUCCCCACCCGCUUGCAUCAGCCAGUGGAGGAAAAUCUUUGAUGACGAGCCAACUAUCAUUAGGAGAGCUUUUUACUCCUUGGGCAAUUACAUUGCGGCUUCUGAAAUAGCCGAAGAAUCUACAAAAUCUCCCGUGAUUCUAGACAGGUACUGGCACAGCACGGCCACCUAUGCCAUAGCCACCGAGGUGACCGGGGGGAUCCAGUACCUGCCCCCGGCCCAUCACCCUAUAUACCAGUGGCCCCGUGACCUGCUCAAGCCCGACCUGGUCCUGCUGCUCACAGUGAGUCCCGAGGAGAGGCUGCGGAGGAUGGAGGGCCGGGGCGUGGAGAGGACCAGAGAGGAAGCUGAACUAGAGGCCAACAGCGUAUUUCGUCAAAAGGUAGAAGUGUGCUAUCAGCGGAUGGAGGACCCUGCCUGCCAUGUGGUUGACGCUAGCCCCUCGAGAGAAAAAGUCCUCCAGAUGGUUUUAAGCAUCAUUCAAAAUAAUUGUAAUCAAUUGUAAUGAUUCCACAAUGUAAUUAGACAUUUUGCUGGAUUUGAUGCCGCUGGAUCCAUCUAGGCCCUCCAUGGGGUACACGGUUUUCCCAGAUUUCUGUUGUAUAACCAUGGUGUGUAUACUUCCUUCUGACCAAAGGACCCAUCAAGGUUGAGACCCUCAUGUUCCAGCCAGAGAGCAGGGAUGGCUUUCUUCAAGUGUAACAAAUGUUUUCCUGCAAUGCACUUUCAACUACGUUUCCACCAGAUUCCUCCAAGCUUUGCCUCAUCCAGGAAGCGUGAGGUAUGCAGAAGAAACUGGGAAGGUCUUCCAAAUCAGUGGAAGCCCCUCCGCCCUUCCCGUGGCUCUACCUGGGUCACUAAUGAGAUCCUGAGGCUGGGCAGUUACCUCCUUCCCAAUAUGGCCACUCUCCAUCAUGGGGGGCUCAGCCCUGAUCUUAGAGCUAAAUGCUCCUGAAGAACAGGUCCGUGUGUCCUGGCUGUCUGAGGACACCUCCCACGGAGCCGCCUUGUGGGUGGGGGACGCUUACAAAGAAAACACGGUCCCCUCGUGGUCAGCACCUCAGAGUUGGAUACAGAGACUGCCAACGCAAAACAUUCUCAGUACCAACAUACCAACCCACUUUGGAUUAUGUUCUGUUUAUUUCUAUUCCUUCCCUUUCCUCUGAAAACACGGCGUUGGAUAUAACAAGUGUUUUGGACUGAACUAGAUGCAUUAAAACUUAGCCAAUGCAGCAAUAUAUUGAUAUUGAUAUUUACAUCAUGUUUCUCCUCGGUGGAGGGGCUCUGCUUUACUAAUUAAAAUCAAAGCCAAGAAGCUAAAGGCAAUGCUCGCUGUGUAUUUUCAUUACACAGAUUUAAUUUAUCUCACUGAAUAAGCACAGUGGAUCCUGGAAGGGGAUUUCUUAGUCAAUUAUCUUGCACUGGAAUAUCUUAUGAUUACACACAAAAUCAGCUUUGAGAUCUGUUUGCCUAGGAAAAAAAAAUAGCUAAGGAAAGAGGAAAUUAAAUAGCUAUGUGGCCUUGGUUGAGUCAUUGAACAUCAAAAGUCCAUGUGACUUGAUCUGAAAAGUGAUAAUAAUUCUUCAUUUGUGGUAAGGAGUUGGCUGAACCAGGUGAUUCUAACAUUCCUUCCGGUUCUAAGAUUGACGAAGCUUGCAAAUUAUUUGGGGGGGGGGGUGAGGAAAUGUCUUCCUGAGAAGAUAUUUAAGAAGACAUUUAAAGCUUUAUCAGGCUUAUCAUGUGGGGAUUUAAAUUAUAAUAAAGUUUAGGAUUAACAAGUGUAUCAUACUGUUUUCCAAAAGAAUUCUGGGUAAUUUUUACAUAAUAUAUUUGCAUAUAUAGAUAUGUGAUUAGUUUCUGUUGAAAAUAUUUUUUUAAGCUAAUAAAUAGCAUUAGAUUUCUGUAAGGUGUGAUAUCUAUGUCCUUGGCGUUAUGUAAUUUAAACAGUUUGACAAGGUUAUGUCAGCAGUCUAGAAAAACAAGCAUUUAAUGCCUGCCUUCUGUACCUCGCAAAUGAAUAAAGUUGUUGGGAUUUUCUCACUGA